AUGAUUUCAUCUAUUUGUCGAAAUGCCAAAACCCUGCCCCAGUUUGCAAGUAGUGUGCGCUGUGCCAGCCAGUUGCAAAAGCCUAAAACUGCUAUUGUUAUGCUCAAUAUGGGAGGACCCCAAACCACGGAUCAGGUGGGGGACUAUUUGCACAGAAUAAUGACAGACAGAGAUAUGAUCCAACUACCAGUACAGAGUAAACUAGGCCCGUGGAUAGCUAGCAGACGGACAGAGGAGGUCAAAAAGAAAUACCAAGAAAUUGGUGGAGGCUCACCUAUAUACCGGUGGACGGACUUACAAGGUAAACUAUUAACAGAGGCUCUCGAUCAAAUGCUGCCUGCGUCUGCGCCACACAAACACUACAUAGCGUUCAGAUAUGUCCCACCCUUCACCGAGGAUGCCCUACAGCAGAUGGAGGCAGAUGGCGUUGAACGCGCUGUCAUCUUUUCUCAGUACCCGCAAUACAGCUGCGCCACUACUGGCUCCAGUUUGAAUGCCAUAGCCGAUUUUUACAAAAACAGAAAGCAACCGAACAUAAAGUUCAGUUUGAUAGAGAGGUGGGGUAGCAAUCCUCUGUUGGCGACAGUGUUUGCAGAGCGUAUUAAGGAGAAACUGAAGCUGUUCGAUGGGAAUGUGCGAGAUCAAGUCUUGAUUAUGUUCACUGCACAUAGCUUGCCGCUAAAGGCAGUCUCUCGCGGCGACACUUACCCGCACGAGGUCUCGGCGUCCGUUGCAGCAACGAUGAGCAAACUGCAAACGAUGCCAUUAAGUCCUACGCGAAAAAAAGGAAUCAAACACAUGAUCCUCGUGCCAAUUGCGUUCGUCAACGAACAUAUUGAAACAUUGCACGAGCUGGACAUCGAAUACUGUGAUGAGGUGGCAAAAGAGGCUGGCAUCACCCAGAUAGAGAGGGCGGCAACACCGAACGACCAUCCCACUUUCAUAGCAGCUAUGGCGGAUGUAGUCGCUCACCACCUCAACUCGGGACCGUCCGUCUCUAGGCAAUUCUUGUCCAGAUGUCCGCACUGCGUAAGCGCAAGAUGUCAGUCGUCUAAAGAGUUUUAUAAGAAAUUGUGUAAUUUUAUGGAUCAGACAAAAGAAGCAACAGCGUAA